UCCAGCCGGCUCGGCAUGCAGCUGGCGCGGCUGCUGCGGGGCGCCGCCUCGGCCGGGCCGGGACCCGGGCUGCGCGCCUCCCGGCCCAGAGCCAGCCGCAGCCUCACCUCGGACUCGGGCUCUGGCCCUGCGGCCGAAAGCAGCGUUCCGGGCCAAGUGGACUUCUAUGCGCGCUUCUCGCCGUCCCCACUCUCCAUGAAGCAGUUCCUAGACUUCGGAUCUGUGGAUGCUUGUGAAAAGACCUCAUUUAUGUUUCUGCGGCAAGAGUUGCCUGUUAGAUUGGCAAACAUAAUGAAAGAAAUAAGUCUCCUUCCAGAUAAUCUUCUCAGGACGCCAUCAGUUCAAUUAGUACAAAGCUGGUAUAUCCAGAGUCUUCAGGAGCUUCUUGAUUUUAAGGACAAAAGCGCUGAAGAUGCUAAAACUAUUUAUGACUUUACAGACACUGUGAUACGGAUCAGGAACCGACACAAUGACGUCAUCCCCACAAUGGCCCAGGGUGUGGUCGAGUAUAAGGAGAGCUUCGGGGUGGAUCCUGUCACCAGCCAGAAUGUGCAGUACUUUCUGGAUCGUUUCUACAUGAGUCGUAUUUCAAUUAGAAUGUUACUCAAUCAGCACUCUUUGUUGUUUGGUGGAAAAGGCAAAGGAAGUCCAUCUCAUCGAAAACACAUUGGAAGCAUAAAUCCACACUGCAACGUAGUUGAAGUCAUUAAAGACGGCUAUGAAAAUGCUAGGCGUCUAUGUGAUUUGUACUACAUUAACUCUCCUGAACUGGAACUUGGUGAACUAAAUGCAAAAUCACCAGGACAACCAAUACAAGUGGUUUAUGUACCAUCCCAUCUCUAUCACAUGGUGUUUGAACUUUUCAAGAAUGCAAUGAGAGCAACUAUGGAGUACCAUGCCGACAAAGGUGUUUACCCUCCUAUUCAAGUUCUCGUCACACUUGGUAAUGAGGAUUUGACUGUGAAGAUGAGUGAUCGUGGAGGUGGUGUUCCCCUGAGGAAAAUUGACAGACUCUUCAACUACAUGUAUUCAACUGCGCCCCGGCCUCGUGUCGAGACGUCCCGAGCAGUGCCGCUGGCUGGUUUUGGUUAUGGAUUGCCCAUCUCUCGUCUUUAUGCACAGUACUUCCAAGGAGACCUAAAGCUGUAUUCCCUUGAGGGCUAUGGCACAGAUGCAGUUAUCUACAUUAAGGCUCUGUCAACAGAAUCAAUAGAAAGACUCCCAGUGUACAACAAAGCUGCCUGGAAGCAUUACAACACCAACCAUGAGGCUGAUGACUGGUGCGUUCCAAGCAGAGAACCGAAAGACAUGACAACGUUUCGCAGUGCCUAGGUACAUCUGGGACACCUGGAAAAUCCAAACAUGAAUUUUGUACAAAAUUUGGAAGGGAUGGUGUUCAGAACUGCAUUAGACCAAAUACUUCACAUGUCAUUUGCAUAAUUAACUGUUUGGGUAGAGUAAAUGGAAACUGAAUUCCAUUUAUGCCUGUUAAACUUCCUAAAGGAUAAAAUUGUGCCUGUUUUACACUUAUAUUUUCACAGUUAGCUGAGCAUAUUUUUAAACAACUGUGUUUGGGCCCACUUUCCUCUUUAUGGUUGACUUCAGAAGCAUGGAAGUUUUUGGGUUUUUACAGGAAGCUAUGUAGUUUUUAAAAAUACUUUUCAUGUAUGUCUCCUACAAACAUUUUCUUAAUAAAACUGACUAGCUAGCCAUUGUUCUGCGAUUUGGAGGAGUUUUGCCAAUGACAACUGUAAUAAGAUGGUCUUUAUGGACCAGUGACUGACUAUGAGUAAAGCAGAACACAGGUGCCCUGUAAGUGUAGAACCUGCUACCUUUCAGCGUCUGCACACACUGUCUUAGCUCUGAAGUUAAUUUAUCAUCUCAAAAAUUUUCUUGGAAAGAAUUGUGAUGAGUAAACUCUGUGGGACUAAGCCAAGGUCACAGGCAGUCUACUCCCAGUGUGCAUGAGGUUAAUGCAAGGGGACAUUUUGAUCUUAAAAACAAGCAAACUAGCAACUACUAAAAUUCUAGAGAUGGUAUGGAGGAUGGAGCAGUGAACCCUAAACAAAUUGGUUAUUGAAAUUACCUGGGGGAACUUUUGAGAAACAGUUUUUUCCAGAUCCUACCCCAGACGUACUGAGUUAGAGCCUCUAGGGCUGGAACCUGGGAAUCCCAAGUUUUCAAAAGUUUCUUAGGUGAGCCUGAUGCCUAGCUUAGUUAGGAAACUGUUCUUUUAAAGUAAAUAGUGAUACCGCGUUCACUAAAGUAACAGACAGUUGUUUGAGUUUUGGUUUCUGCCUAUUUACAGGUCAGAUUUCUAGACUAGAGGAGAAAGAAUCUGAAUCUCAGGACUGGUGCAAUUAAAAGAUAAAGCAUCAGAUUAGAAGGAGAACAAAAUGACUGUAGGAUAAUAGAUAACUGAAGGAUCCGAACCAUAAAUGCUUACGCCCUGACAUAAGAACAUAUAUUUUAUCAAAAUAUCCAGACUUAGCUACUAGGAAAAAGUCAACUUGGGUUCAUCACAACAAUCCUUUACAUUUGUAUGGUAAUUUAUAGUUUACAAAUACUUUGAUAUAUAGUAACUGUCUUGGUCUUCAAAACAAUGAGAAUCAGAGCAGGGGGUAUUACCCUGGUUUUAAGACUCACAGUUUGGCCCAAAGUUGCGAGGAAUCUGAGCUCGGGCCCAAGCUAUGUCUGUGUACCACUUGAUCAACUGCAGCGUCUGGGAGACUGUGGCGUUAGGAGACUGUUUUUAGUCAUACCUCAUCUUGUUUUAAGCGACAGGGACAUUUAAAAGUUAAAUCUUAAAUGUUUAAAGUACAACUGCCACUUACACGGGAAAGCUUUAUUAAUCUGGAAAAUGCAUUAAGUUAGAACACCUCAUUCUUGAAAAGAUUAUGUAAAAUUAACAAAUCUAUAUACAUUUAUGGAAACCCUGGUGGUAUAGUGGUUAAGAGUUCGGCUCUUAACCAAAAGGUCGGCAGUUCGAAUCCACUUAGGUGCUCCUUGGAAGCCCUGUGGGCAGCUCUGCUCUGUCCUGAAGGGUUGGCAUGAGUUGGAAUCAACUCAAAGGCAACAGGUUUGGUUUUUUAUGGUUAUAUAUGUUCGUAGGAUGGAGGGGAUGUGGAAGGGCAGUUGGUCCAGUGCCCUCAUUUGAUAGAUGGGGAUCCUGAGAUGGUGGGUUAUGUGGCUUGCCUGGGGCAUUUUAGCUAGUCUGACCAAAUGCCGGAAAAAGGGGUAUCUUACCUAACCUAUUCUUCCCUAAUUGUUGAUUUUGUGAAUAAUAAUAGAAUAUGUUAAUGGGUGAUUUGUAUUAGUUUAAUGUGUUUCUAUUUUUUAACUUUAAAUUACACUUGUAUUGACAAAAUAUUUUAGAAUCCUUUGAAUCAAAGUAUUCACUUUUUUCAUAAACGAGACAUUUGUACAACUGACAGAAAAUUGAUGUUCUUACUUAUGUAACACUCCCUCUCCCGCAAGAUUUAAAAAAUGUUUCCCCUUUAUUUAAGAGCUAAGAAAUGGUAUUUUCAAAGGAAAAGUAUUUCCUUUAGCUUCUUUUUAAUGUAUAAUGGAUUUUUUGUUAUUAUGGUAAUGGACAGAUUACACACAAAAUAUUUGGGGGAACUUUCUCCUAGUUGAUUUUAAAUCAUUGUGCUACCUGAAAAGAUUUUUAGGUUCUUAUGUGAGCUCUUUUCUCCACCAGCAUCAAUCAAUGCAUCGAAGGAUAAGAAGGAUAAGAAAUGGAUACUAAGCGAUUUUUAUGAUCUGAGCAGUUAAUGUAUGUGCCAACAUUUUUUAGGAGGGGAUAGCAAACACAUUCUGCCCUAUACUUAAAAUACGAUCUUUAGCUAUUUUCACACUUAAUACCGAUAACUUUCUUGCACUGAAAUUUUUACAUGAAGAUGUUGAAAUGGAGUCCACAAUGUUAUUUGAUAAAAUGUUUUCUGUAUGGCAAUAAACUGAAAACACAGAUCAACCCUUAUUUUGAAAAUAAAUUGGAUCAAUUUAGGUUUUUUAAAAAUAUGUCUUUUAAAUAAAAGUCUUUUCCAUCAUUAAGGCUCAACAUUUUGUAAAUAUUCAAAAAGUUGUAGCUAGGUGGCUUGCACUAAAUUUCACUACCUUCAAUAGAGGAAGGAUUUGGAACUUGGAUUUUCACUGUGUCUAUUCUAAUGGUGAAAGCAAGAGGUGAAGUUUGUAUGGUUUGACUUAUUUUAGACGGUCAUUAUCCAAACACACCAUAGAUUAUUUAUUGCAUAAAUGAAUAUAUUAUGUUGUGUGAUUUUGAAAGGUUAUAUUUAAUGUACUCUUUUGAAUAACUUCCCAGAAUAUAAAUAGCUGUAGGAAAGGUCUUGAAUCGACUCGAAGGGCAGUGGGUUUGGUUAUUUUGGUUUUAGGAAAGGUCUUAAUUGAACCAUCAUUAGCUUUUGCUUUUACUAGUUAAGUGUCAGAACUCAACUCCUCUAGCCAGAGGUAGACCCCAUCCUAUUUCUAAUAGAUGGGAUAUAGGCACCAUAGCUUCCCUUCGUUGUUAAAGCCAACAAGUUCCAUAACAGAACUCCAGAGGUAGAGAAAUGGGGAAACAAUUAGUGUUAUGGACCUGCUGUGGCUCUGUGAAUGGCUAAUCAGAGAGGAAGCAAAUCAGUCAACCUGUGUCUUUAGGCUGGGUUCUACACACGCACGCACACGCGCACACACACACAUGCGAAGAGAGAGAGAGAGCAUGGUAUUUAUAUCAAGGAAAUGGCUCACGUGGUUGUAAACACUGGAAAGUCCCCAGUCCAUGGGUCAGGUGUCAGGCUGGAGGCUUCUCCUGACUCACAUAGCUGCAGGAGCUGAUGAUCCAAGAUUGGCAGGUCAGAUGGCAGACUGUAUAGGCUAAAGUCCCCAGAACUGGAGAUCUGAUAAAGAUGAGCAAGAUGCAGGAUCCAGAGCAAGCAAACCCCGUGAGCUUUGCCGGAAAGUCCGUAUAUUUUGGAGGCAGGUGACACCACCCAGGAAACUCCCUUUCAACUGAUUGGCUGCUCAUAGCAGAUCUCAUCAUGGAGAUGAUUACAUCAUGACAUCACUGUGAAACUACAUCGUAACUGCCAAACCACUGAGAAUCAUGGCCCAGCCAAGCUGACACAACCUUACCCAUCAGAGCCAGUUUCAGUUUAUGUCUUCAAUUGCUGUGACAGAUGUGAAAUUUCAACAGAUGGGUAAUCAGGCUUGAGUUAGCUGGUUUGCAAACAUGGCUUUUGCUGGAGGAAUGUUUCACCAUACGUGAUUGGCUUCUGGCCCUGAUAAUUAAUUUUCUUACAGUCAACCCUGUGCACUUGAAAAAUGCUAUAACUGAUGCUGUGUGAAGGAUUUUAUGUACGUAAGAAAAAACAAAAACAUCUUGCCACUGGUUUGCUUAGUUACUUAGUCACGUAGCUACUUAACCUAGAGACCCUGUGCUUAUUUUGUUAGAUUUGUAUGUAUUCCAUUUUUGGUAACAUUUAUAAAUAUUCUUUUUAAAAAUAAGUUUUGGUUGCCAGUAGAGUCUUUUGUUCUAUUUACAUGUGUGGAAAGAAAAAUUAAACAUAUCCUACUGCCUGCUUUUUUACAGAUUCUUCACAUUUCUUUGGCAGUCGUGAAACAGAUUUUUUAAUAGUAAAAGACAAGAUUGCCAGUUUUUGAUGCAAAACUUAAGUCUUGAUUUCAAUUGGAAAAGCUGCUAUUUAUAGUGGGGAAUAGUGACAGCUGUCUUUUACUUUGUUAAAUUAGAGAUUCUUGAGCAAACUCCCCCCCAGGAAGAAAAAAAAACCCUACAAUUUCUACCCUAAUAAGGAGCCCUGGUGGUGCAAUGGCUGAGCGCUUGGAUGCCAAUUGGAAUAUCGACAGUUUGAACCCACCAGCUUCUUCGAGAUCUGCUCCCAUGAAGAUUACAGCCUAGACACUACUGGGGUAGUUCUACUCUGUCCUGUGGGGUGGCUAUGGGCCAGAAGCUACUCAGCACACAAGCAUAACAAUCACAAUAAGAUAAAUCAGGAACUUCCUUCCGAGUGUUGUCUUCAUUUAGGAGUUACUUUCUGAAAACCUGAGCGUGCACUUCCUGCAGCUGUCCCAUAGAAUAUUGCCAGAAAUUUCGUAGUUGUGAAUUGAAGUGAAAUGUUACCAUGUGCUUACACUAAAGAUGCUGACAAUUUCCUUUAGGGAACAUAGUUUAUGAGACCAAAACAGUUCAAAGAAUUUUAACUCAGAUCAAGUCACAGUGUUCUUACCACGGUUUUGUACUUAUGUGUCAGAGUAUUGUAUGAAAACAUCUAAUUAUUUGUCCGAAAUUUACUCCCCAAAAUGGAGUUCAACAAAGUAUAUAGCUGAAGUAGAAUGGGAGAGAAAAAAUUAAUGUCACUUAUUUCACUGUAUUACAUUAUAAAAAUUAUAGAUAAAAAAUCACCAUAUAAAUAUGAACUAUUUAUAUUCACCUCUUUAUUCUCAGUAAUUCUCAUAACUCUAGGAAUAUAAUACACACAUGUUCAGUAAAUGAAUAAGGAAUUUAGUAACUGUCUUUUCUCAAAUGAUGUCUCAAACAAAAAUGAAUCAAUACAAUAAAGAAAACUGAAUAGUAAACACAAGAAAAACUAGCAAAAUAAUAAAAUACAGAAGAGAGAAGUUAAAGGAGUGGCAAAACAACUGUACUUUCAAGUAUACAGAAAGAAAAGUGAACACUCGCUGUAUUAGGGAAGAAGAUGAAGAAAGCCACAGCGGGGGCAGCAAAAGCUGCGGCAGCUCUUCAAGGGAGUCUGUAUAGUUUGAAUCUGAAGAGAUACUUCCAGACAAACCUUGAGCAAGACAAACCAGAAAAAAGGCUCGAAUGAACAACGUUUAGAUCAAAAAGGAGGCAUAACUACAGACAUUAAAAAUAAUCCUAAGAAUACCACAAACUUCAUGAUAAUUAAUUUUAUAAGUAGAAGAAAUCGAUAAAUUUCUAGGAAAACAAGGAUUACCAGUAUUUAAGAGUUUGUGACCAUUUAAGAGUUUUAAAUGUGAACAUCAAGAAAUUAGAUAAUUCUUACCUUACAGAAGCUAUUUCAGAGAAUAGAAAAGACAUUAAACUACCCCACCCAUUUCAUGAAGUUAGGAAAAUCUUGAAGCUAAAUCUGAGCAAGGAUAUUAUGAAAAAUUUAUAUACCAAUCUCACAAAUAUAGAUGAAAAAUCACCAGUAAAAUAUUGGCAAAUUGAAUGUAACAGUGUAAAAACCCGGCAGGGUCUUUCCUAGGAAUGUGAGAAUGUUUUAAUAUCUGAAAAACAUAUAUAAUUUAUUGUAUUACAGACUAGAAAGAGAAACAGCAUAUGUUCACCUCAACAAAAAAACAUAUGAUCGCCUUAACUUACUGUUUUGGAGUAUACCAAACCCGUUGCUGUCAGGUCAAUCCGGACUCAUAGUGGCCCUAUAGGACAGAGUAGAACUGCCCCAAAGCAUUCUCAAGGAGCAGCUGGUGAAUUUGAACUGCCGGCCUUUUGGUUAGCAGCUGAGCUCUUAACCACUGUGCCACCAGGGCUCCGUUUGGGGUAUAGCUCAGUUGUAAUUAUAAGUGCUUAACUCACUGACCAACCAAACCAUUGCUAGAUGUUAUAAUAAUCCUUGGACAGUGGCAGCCAGAUGUAAGACAUAUAUACUGGGAUUGUCUGCUGCGUUGGGUCCAAGUCAGCACUGCCUUGGAAAAUUUGAAUAAUACUAUGUCCGGAGCUGAAGGAAGUUUCUCUUCACCAUUUGCCACGUGUUGUAAAAAUAUCAUUCCAGGUGAAAGUUACUAGCUUCCUGGAGAUUCCUCUUUCUAACUCUGCUCCAAUACUUUGAAACAUUUAUAUCCUUAGUGUAUGUAACAGUAUCAGUUGCUGAUUCAAUUCUGGCUCGUGGUGAUGCAGUGUGUGUCAGGGAAGAACGGUGCUUUAUAGGGUUUCCAAUGACUGAUUUUUCAGAGGUAGAUUGCCAGGUCUUUCUUCUGAGGUGCCUCUGGGCAGACUCCACCGAAUUGGUAAAGCAGCUGGAGGAAAGGAACAUCAAGAAAUUGAUAAUUUCUAUCUCAGAGAAUAGAAAAUAGGAUAAAACACACAAACAAAAAACCUGUUGCUGUUGGGUCGAUUCCGACUCGUGGGAGCCCUAUAGGACGGAGUAGAACUGGCCCGCGGGGUUUCCAAGGAGUGCCUCGUGGAUUCAAACUGCUGACCUUUUGCUUAGCAGCUGAACUCUUAACCACUGUGCCACCAGGGCCCCAGAAAAGAGGAUACCAAAAAAAAAAAAACCAAACCCAGUGCCAUCGAGUGGAUUCCAACUCAUAGCGACCCUAGAGGACAGAGUAGAACUGCCCCAAAGAGUUUCCAAGGAGCACCUGGCGGACUCGAACUGCCGACCCUUUGGUUAGCAGCUGUAGCACUUAACCACUACACCACCAGGGUUUCUCAGAAAAAAGGAUAGGAAGGUCCAAUGUCUUUGUGUUUGUGCAUACAUAAAAGGGCUUAAUGUUUUUGACAAGUGCAUUUGUUUGAUAAAGUCUAGCUUUUGUUGCUGUGGACUGGCAAAUCCUCUUCAUCCUGGGGAGAAGAUCCCUUUCUCACCAAAACCAACCCUCAGUGACCCAUGAAAGCAACCAGCAGGGACAAAUACCAAUUAGGAGCCAUUGGGUGAUUGCUUAUUUUCUGUGGUGCACAGCUGACUUUGAUUGUUGCUCUUGGAUCAGGAUAUGUCUUGACCAGGGGGAAGGUAUGGUUUCCUUUUUUUUUUUCUCCACUUUUAAAAAAAUUGAGAUGGAAUUUAAGCAGCAUCAAAUUAACCAUUUUAAGGUGGCAUUUAGCACAGUCACAAUGUUGUACAACCACCACGUCUAUCUUGUCCCAAAACUAUCUCACCACCCGGAAAGGAAACCUGCACUCAUUAAAUACUGGUAGUUUCUUUAUCAUGCCAGUUUUGUACCAUCGUGUGGCGUAUUAUUUCCGGGAACUUAUCCUGGAGUCUUUUUUUCCAGUAAUGUAAUUAUGUAAGGGUGAUAUUAUAAACAGGAAAGUCUAUAGAAACAGUUUGAGCCUAAAUUAGCUUUUGGGUACACUGUCUUCAAAGAAAUGUUUUAAACCAGCCAAAGAUGAACAUCAACAUACUCAUAUUUUGAGUCCAUUUAUAAUGAAAAAUCUAAAAUAGCAAGUGCUUUGGUUUUUUUUUUUCUGCCAGUUUGGAAAUAGAAUCAAGCAAUAGUGACAGUAUAAUUGGAUAAGUUAUAUACAUAGUUCUUUCCCACAUCCCUGCUGUUCACACUUGAAGACAUAGUUCAAACCAGCCAAGGAUCAUGGCUUCAACGUGCCUACAGUUGUUCUGCCACUCCAGGCCCGGCCUCAGACCGAAAUGAGACUUGCUGUUACCCCGAGACAAGCCAACUCUCACUGUGUUGGCAAAGCCACCACUGCAGCUCUGGGUGUCACAUCCUGCCACAGUGUGUGUCCUUUCUCAGUACUGGGAUGGAGUGGGAUGGGCAGGGGCAGGUGUGUGAUGGUGAGCCCGAAACUACAGCACCAGAAAGGUGGCUGGCCAAGCUCUGGGUGGAAGCCGAUUCUGUGUCUGGCUGUAGCAUGGCCGGCCCUAGGGGAGCAGGUCCUGCAGCAGCAGCAGCAGCAGGGGCCUCAAGGAAUCAGCAGGCAGUGGGGGAAGGAAUAGGAGCAGUGGGUGAGGGACCCUCCAGGAACACAACAAUAAGUGACAACCGAUUUGGAGUCUAUAGCUUUCAGUUCAGAACAGCCCACCGCAUCUAGUGUAUUACACACUCCACUCUCAGGCAACUUUCCCACCCUUGAUGUUUCUGCAUAUAACAAUAGUGCUUUUCAUAGCUUAUUCUGGACAAAAUCUAACCCCAACUCAAAAUAGCCAGGGGUUCCUACUUUAGGAUCUGAUAGUGUUGACUCCACUCUCAGGCAACUUUCUCCGUCCUUCAUAUUCCUCCUUAUAAUAACAAUGCUUUUCCCAGCUCAUUUUGUGAAGUCCUGGGCCAGAUUUUAAAAAACAUACUUGAGUAGAGCUGGUAUAAAUCAAACACUGAUUUUACCAUAUCGUAAUUAUCCAGGCCACAAUUUUAAAAAAUGCGCAUUUUCUUACAGAGAAAAGAGUAUUUUUCUAAAUAGUGCAGUUGGAAAGUUCAUAAUGACUCCUAUGGUAUACAUUUUACUGGACUAAACUAAUAAGCAUCAUAACAUUUCUGUUCAGAAGAUCUACCAUUAUACAUUAACAUUUGAAUGAAUGCAUUCAUUACAGACUCAGGAUAGCAAUUUCCAGAUUCAGAGCUAAUGUGCUUCCUGGCUAAAGCUGAAACUCUUAAGAGCAAUUAACUAACUCAUAAAUUAAUGGUGUUUAGACAUCAGCCUCUAGAACUAAAGGAGAUAAUGUAUGUAAAACACUUAGCACAUUUCCUGCCAUAUAGUAACUACUCAAUAAAUGAUAGCCAUUAGUAGUAGUAGUAGUAUAAAUUGAUGUCAUGAGGUUUUCUACAUUAAUUACUGCCAUGAGUAAAUUAAAAAAAAAAAAAUGUUUUUAAACCAUGAGUAAGGUUUCUUAAAUCCAAUCUUAAAUCCAGGGUCCUAGGCCAUGGAAAUGUUUUCAUACUGCCAUAAAUCCAGCCACAGCUCUACCAGUUCCAUGCACGAUUCAAAAAUUUAGUAAUAGUCUUUCUUCCUAGUGGAAAAUAAAGGCUAUAGCUUGUGUUUAAAUAAAACCUUUGCUACAGGAACAUUGUAUCAAUUGAGUCCUUCUGGAAGCAGAUGCUGAGACAGAUUUAGGAGUGCAAAAGUUUUAUCGGGGGUGUCUUAGUUAUCUGGUGCUGCUAUAACAGAAAUACCAUAAGUGAAACAGAAAUUUAUUUUCUCACAGUUUAGGAGGCUACAAGUCCUAAUUCAGGGCUCUGGUUCUAGGGGAAGACUUUCUCUUUGUGUCAGCCCUGCAUGAAGGCCCUUGUCUCUUCUGAGUUUCUGCCCCUGGGUGAUAUUCAUGUGGCUUGGCAUUUCUCUUUCCCCAUCUCUGCUUCUCUCACUUCCUUGCUUAAUCUCUUUUAUAUUUCAAAAGAGAUUGAUUUAAGAAAUACUCUACACUAAUCCUGUCUCAUUAACAUAACAAAGACAACCUAUUCCCAGAUGGGAUUAUAACCACAGGCAUACAAAUUAGGAUUUACGAUAAGUAUUUUUGGGGGCACAAUUCAGUCCAUAACAUUCCAUCCUUUGACACCCCAAAAUUCAUGUCCUUGCCACAUACAAAACACAUUCAUCCCAUCAUAUCAUCCCAAAAGGCUUAAAUCAACUCCAAAUCCAAAAUCUCAUUUUCUGAAUCAUCUAAUUCAAAUAUGGAUGAGGCUUCAGGCCUAUUCCACCCUGGGACAAAAUUCCUCUUCAUCUGUGAACCUGUGAAAUCUAAAAUAAAAGUUAUCUGUUUCUAAAGCACAAUGGUGGAAUUGGAACAAGGUAGACAUUUCCAUUACACAUGAAGAAAGUGGAAGGAAAGAAGGGAUAACGGGCAACAAGCAACCCAGCAGAACAAAUUACAUUAGCUCUCAAGUCCUGAAGAUAAUCCUCUGUCCUCUGAGAUCAUCUGGGCAACGGCCCUGCCCUCCAGAUUCUGAGUGUUAGCUAUGCCCUUGGCCCUGGGUUUCAGCUCUGCCUUCCAGGCCUACUGGGAAGGCAACUCCACUCUCUUGACUUUGUGUGGCCCCAUUCUCCUAGUCCAUCUGAGUGGCAACCCCACCUCUCAGUCCUGGCAGGCUCCGUUCGUAUGUCCCUUGGGCAUGGCAGCCUGCCUCCUCAGCUUUGGAUGGUGGCCCCAUCCCCUUGGCACACCUUAACAUCAGUCCUGCACUCUGGAAUCGAGUUGGUGAAGAUUCGACUCUUUGAAAUCUAGGAGGCUGUGGCCUCACCGUUUGAGGUCCAGGAGACCAUGUCCCCACCCUUUGAAAUCGAGAAGGCCUGGCCUCCCAUGCUCCUUCCAAUUGUUCUGCUGUUCUCUGAGCUGCUCCAGGGAUGGUCUUUUUCUUUUCUUGGAGGAUAACAGAUGUAGUUCCUUUGGCCUGUUUCCUGUCUGUGGUCCAAGAGGUGGACAGCAUUCUUUCCUUUCGUUUUUUCUCUGUCCCCUUCAGUCUAAACUGAUGGGUUUUCUUUGGUGAUCGUUGGUUAGAUCCAGCAUUCCCAGGCUUAAAUCUCUUUAACAAAAGAUCGUGUAGCUACGUCCUUGGUAAAAAUUAUAGGACACAUGUCCUUAGUUUGUACAAGAGAAUUUUCCAAAUCUUUAAGUUCUGUUUUUCUUUUGCACAGUUUGUUUUUUAAGUCCAUCUCUUUCGUCUCGCAUUUAACAAUCAGUGGCAAGAAGAAACCAUGUGGCCUCAAGUCCUACACUCCUCCAGAGCUGACAGAGAGAGAAAGCUUUUCCCUAGAGCCGGCACCCUGAAUUCGGACUUGUAGCCUUCUAAACUGUGAGAAAAUAAAUUUCUGUUUUUUAAAGCCACCCACUUGUGGUAUUUGUGUCAUAGCAGCACCAGAUAACCAAGACGGGGGUAACUAGAACAAAACCUAGAGAUACAAGGGGGAAGAAUUAGGACUGAGCAGAGAGAUCCUCUAGGCUUUUGGUGAUUCGGUGGUAGAAUUCCUGCCUCUCACGUGAGAGACCUGGCUUUGAUUUCCUGCCAGUGCGCCUCAUGCACAGCCACCACCCAUUUGUCAGUGCAGGCUUGUGGGCUGCUAUGAUGCUGAACAGGUGUCAACAGAGCUUUCAGACCAAGAUGGGCUAGGAAGAAGGGCCUAGCAAUCCACUUCUGAAAAUCAGCCAAUGAAAACUCUGUGGCUUACAAUGGAUCAACUGAUUAAUGGGGGUGACUCUGGACUGGGCAAUGUUUUGUUCCAUUGUGCAUGGGGUUGCCAUAAGUCGGGGGUGUCUUGUUUCAAGGGCAACAACAAUGACAACAACAGGGAGAGCCUCAGACCAUGAUGUAGAUUUAACAAAGUCUUGGCCAAUCCAGUGAGGCAUGAGAAUUGCCCAUGAGAAUCUGCACUUGAGACAGAAGUGGCUGGUAUCUUCACCAAGCUGUCAUUGGCUGGGGCUACCCUGGAAGAGUGUGGCCGUGGGUGGAAAGUCGAAGCGUGGCCUGAAGGCACUAACAGCUGGAGGUUGUCAGAUAAUUGCCCUCUUUGUAGAGAAAGGGUAAAUUCUUUUCUUGAAGGCAGAUCUGAACAGCACACCUCUAUGGUUUCUUUAGAAGAACUGCAGAAAUAGAAAUAAAAAUUCCGAAUUGACUUUUUUGCUAUCAGUGACUUCUUUACCUACUGUCCUCCUAUCUAUUCUGUCUUACAGGGUUGCUAUGAGUCAGAAUGAAUUCGAAGUCAGUGGGUUUGGUUUUUAAAAAAAAAAAAGGAAAUGGGUUUUUAAUGGUUUUAGACUCUUAUGAGAAGUGUGGUUUUAGAAUCAUGCUUCUCUGGAACACCUACAAGCUAAAACUGUGUAAUAAUAAUCUAUUUAUACUUUAGAAAAUUUAGAAAAAAUUUCAUAAAGCUUUAGGUAAUUUUCUUAAUCUUGUUUUUUUUCCUAUUAAUUUUUCACAAAUAUUGUACCUGAUACAACAUAUCUGCUUACAAGUGUUAGUAGACAGCGGUGACAGGAACACUCAGUGUGGUAUUUACACUUUACUAGGAAUCAUUUCUGUUCUUGGACAUGAUUUGUGGAUGUGAUUUUUACUAUAUAUUUGCAGUAGGGAGUCUCUGGGUAGUGCAGACAGUGAAUGAGCUCAGUUUGAAGUUCAAGUCCAUCCAGAGGCACUUUGGAAGAAGGGCCUGGUGAUCUACCUCCAAAAAAAUCAGCCAUUGAAAAACCUGUGGGGUUAGAGCUGACUCAUUGGCAACUAUAAAAACAACAACAAAAGAAAAAACAAAACUUAUAGCAGUCAUUUGCUGUUAGAAAAAAUUGUUGCUAAUCUAGAUAGGUCCAAUAUUUCACGUUGUUUUGAAAACUGUUAGCAUUCUGAAAACAGUAGCACUAUCUGAGUUAUUCAACCACUAGAACAAAAUUUAGAACGCUGCCGACAUUAAAACUAAGUAACAGAAGCAGAGUACUGCUUCCCCAAAGAUAACUAAUAUACAAAAUCAUCUUUAGGCUAAUUACAUGAAUUUUUAAAAAAUUAAAUCAAUCAUGCAAAAGAAUCAUGAUUUAGCUAUCAAUCAUUUACACUAAAAAAAAAAAAAACUAAAGCAGCUAUAUAAUGAAAAUUUAUUAAAUGACAAUGUUGGGAAAGUAGGGCUUGUGGUUUCCUUGUGGCUAAAUAUCUUUCAUAAGUUAACAAGUCCAUUCUCUUAAGUCUUAUUUUGUUAUAUGAGGAUUUACUCAUUUAUUCAACAUUUAUGGAGUAUAUACUCUGGAAGAGUCUCUGUGGGUAUGCAGCUAUGAACAGGCUUUUCUCAGAAGAAAAAAAAUGUAUAUCCAAAUCUCAUAUAAAUAAGUGUAUAACCUCCUUAGCAAUAAAAAAAAUGCAAAUUAUUAUAUACUCUAUAAUGCAAGCCCACAUUAUAUAUACUAUUUUAUAUCCACUAGAUUAAAAAUCUAACAAAACCAAUGGUACGAAUGUGAAUCAGUGUGAACUCUCCUAUUUUAUGGCACCUGUGUAAAUUUUACAAUCGCUUUCAAAACUGAUUUGGUAUUUUCUCAUAAAGGUACACAUUGACGUACCCUAUGACUUAAAAUUCCUGCAUACAUAACCUAAGUGUAAGAACGCUUAUAGCAGCACUUUUUGUAAUAGCAAAAACAACUGAAAAUAUCCCAAGAAUUCAAUGACAACAGAUAAAUUUUGAUAUAGUCUAUUUAUUAUGUGAAAUAAUAUACAGCCACAAAAAUCACUGAAGUACAGCUACCAACAACAUAAUGUUGAAUGAGAAAGCAGUUCCCAGAAGACUGCAUGAUACUGUCUCUGGAAACUCCAAAUGAAACCAAACAAUACUGUAUGUGGUUUAGCCAUGUGUAAAACUACUUUUUGUUAAAGUGAGGGGAUGAUGAAUACAAAACUCAGGCUACUGGUUAUACUGAUGGGAUAGAGAAGAGCACGUAGGUGGAUGCAAAUUAUUGCUAAAGUUGAAGGUUUUGUGCUGGAUGGCAGGUUACGGUUGUCCAUCAUAUUAUGCUACAUAAUUGCAUAUAUGCCAUAUAUAUUAGUGUGUGCCUUCUUGGAUAGCGUAUUUCUGCGUCUACAUUGGUUAAUGGUAGAACUGACACCAGAGUACCAUCUCCCAGGCUGGUGAGCUUGGAAAGUCCCCUUAAAAACAAGUGUAUAGAGACCGAAGUUUAUUAGUGUUUACCAAGAGUGGCAGGAGGGAGAGGGGGAAGGAGGACUCAACAUUUAGGGUACAGUGAGCUUCUGUUAAUGGUGAUGCAAAAAUCUGGAAACAGAUAAGGGUGAUGGUUCAACAACAUGAUGAAUGUAAGUUAAUGUCACUCAACUGUCGUGAAGAAUGUUGAAAUGGCAAAUAUUUUGCUACAUAUAUAUUUUCCACAAUUAAAAAAUGGCAAUUUUUUUGUUAUAUAUAUUUUACUACAAUAAAAAGUGAUUAAAAAGUACAAAAAGAAAAGAAAAACAAUACAAUAAAAAACCCAUUGCGGUCAAGUGGAUUCCGACUCGUAGCGACCCUUUAGAACAGAGUAGAACUGCCCCACGGGGAUUCCAAGGAGUGCCUGGUGGAUUCGAACUGCCGAUCUUUUUGUUAGCAGCCGUAGCUCUUAACCACUACACCACCAGUGUUUCAUAUACUAUAUUUUUCCCACUAAGGUUUUUUUUUCUUCUUUUUUAGUUAAUAAAAAUAAUGCUUGGUUAUUAUAAAAAUUCAAACAAUACUGAAGGGUAUUAAAUAAAAAUAAAAAUUUCCCCUCUGCACUGCUCAAAUUCCACAAUUUUAUUCUCCAGAAGUAACGGCUGUUAGUACUCAUUUGUGCUUUAUUCCUGGCAAUUUCUAUGUAUGUAAAAACAUAUAUAUUUAUAUAUACACACCAAACAUAACAUUUUAAAAAGAAAACACAAAACAUAUUUGCCUAUACAUAUCCUUCAACAACUUAUUCUUUUACUUAAUAAUGUUUUUUUUCAUGUCAGUACUUAAUACUUUUAGGGGUUAGUGGAGCCCUGGUGGUGCAGUGGUUAAGAGCAUAGCUGCUAACCAAAAGGUUGGCAGUUUGAAUCCACCAUCCCCUCCUUGAAAACCCCAUGGGGCAGUUACACUCUGGCCUGCAGGGUUGCUAUGAGUCAGAAUCAACUCGAUGGCUGUUUUUUUUUUUUAAUUAUGGUUUUCCAUUGUAAUGGAUAUGUCAUAAUUUAACUUAAACAGUCACUUGAUGACAGGUGUUUAGGUUACUGCCAGUACAACAGAACAUUACUUGAGACUCUACAUCAGUUUUAGCAGAGGCUUUCAAGUCUCAAACAAAAGGUGCCAACUACUCCUGCACUCUAAGGCGAGCUGCUAGAGAACUUAAAGUCAGACUUGCAAAGGAGGUUUCCAUAAACUGGCUUGGGACCCUGGAACCACCGUCCAUCUUAAGAUGUAAAAUUAUUGUGGUUACAAGACUGAAAAACCCCCCCAAAACUAAAACCUCAGAGUGAGAUGAGAUUAGAAAAAAAAAAAAAAGCUGAAGACAAAGAGGUCCUUUUUAGUCUGCUCAAAAGAAGAUGGCCAAGAAGAUAUUGGUCCAAUGUUUGGGUAGGUGGAAUGAGGGCAACAAAUAAUACAGUAGAGGUCAAAACACUCUAUUCCUACUUUGCUUCACUUUCAUAAUCAUUACCAGCCAUGAAAAGGGCAGAAGUAAAAUUGUUAUGAGAGAACUGAAGCCGAAGAUUAGUGAAGAAAAGUACAAUCAUGUUACCAAGAAGCUUUAAAAUAAUUUAUCUCCAAACGUGGAAAAGUUAUGUUUGAAGCAGAAGUGUGAAUUCUCAAGCUACAAACUCAGAUGUGCAAAUACCUUCGACUGGAGUUCCUGGAAACAGACCCAAGUUGAGAAGUGAGUCAGAAAAUGUACUGGGGAGAGCUCUCGGGAGAUACACCUGGAAGGAACUGAGGAGGCAGGAUUGGGCAAAGCAAGUGUGCGUAUCCUGCAAAUGUGGUUGCAACUGAGUUCUCAGCCAAUCCUUCUGAGAGUUCUGGAACUGGGAUGGACCUUCAGAGUUGUCUCAUAUUAAGGCAAAGAGGGCUGGACCAUAUUAACCCUCCAUCAGCCGGUCAUUGGACACAGGAGGGACAUAACCUUGGGUGAAGCAGUUCCCUGUCUGCAGCUGCUAGUAUUCCCAGCAGCUGUGGAUUAGAUACAUUGACCCUAAAGAGGGAAUCUGGGUGAUGUACCACUGUAUCCACUACAAUGGGUAAUGAUUUUUUUUUUUCUUUCCAAAAAAAACUAGUUGAACUUGAAUCUAUUCCAACUCAUGGUGACCUCAGAGUAGAACUGUGCUCUGUAGGGUUUUCACCAGGCCUUUCUUUGAAGAUGCCUCUAGGUAGACUCGAACCUCCAACCUUUUGGUUAGCAGUCAAGUCCUUUAACCAUUUGCACCACCCAGGAACUCCUUUUUCUUUCCAGUAUUUAUUAAUUUCUGUUUUUAGCCCUCAUCUUAGCAUGACUUCCACCACUUUUGUGCUAUUCGGGCUCAUGGAAAACCAUUUUUCUAUUGCCUAAAUUGCACUGGGGAAGAGUAGGGAUUUGUGAGAUUAUUUUGGAUUACCUAGAUACAUCAUCUGGAGCCCUGGUGGCGCAAUAGUUAAGCAUCCGGCUGCUAACCUGUUCGAAUCCACCAGAUAUAUCAUCUAGACACUUCUACUCAUUCUGGACAGGAGAAAACCCUCAAGUCUUGCCUCUUUCCCACAUCCUCUUCUAUUCUUGAAUUUCUAAGCAUAUCGAGGGUUUCAUCUUUUUCCUCCCCGAAUCUGAGUAAAUUUAUGUAGCUCAACAGACCAGGAGUGGAGAUGAGGGGAAGCGAGGGGUAUGACAGGAUCAGGAAAAGCAGACUCUGUUAAUAACAUAGUUUUUCCUCAUCUAAUUUUUAUGACCUGAGUUCUCUCUGGGCCCUGGUUUCUUAAGUACAAAGGCAAAACCUUAGAAACUUAAACAGCCUUUUCUUUGCUUUUCUGCUGUAAGAACCAUUCCCUGAGGCAAUGAAUGCAUUGACUAAAUGAAUAGUGGGCAGAGACUGAGUAAAAGAAAUUCAGGGAAUUAAAUAUUAGGUAAUAUCUUCAAAUAUUAUCCUGCCACAAUGACAUCCAAGGAUACACACAGGAUUUGUGGAUGAGAUCAAUGAAACUUUGUAAUAUUCUUUGAUGGUUCAUGGAGAAGGGAAAUAAAUCAGAUGAUCAAAGGGGAAAGUCUUAAUUUUUUUUUUUUUUUUAAGCAGUAAGAAAGAGGAUGCUGUGAACUGUAGACUGGCAACCUGAUGUUCUGCAUAGGGAACAUUCCAGACAAAACUUAUUGUCUUAGUAAUUUAGUGCUGCUGUAACAGAAAUAGCAUAAGUGGAUGGCUUUGUGGUGGUUGUUGUUAGGUGCUGUUGAGUCAGUUCUGACUCAUAGUGACCCUAUGUAGAACAGAACAAAACGCUGCCUGGUCCUGAGCCAUCCUCCCAAUUGUUGUUAUACUUGAGCCCGUUCUUGCAGCCACUGUGUCAGUCCAUCUCAUUGAGAUUCUUCCUCUUUUUCACUGACCCUCUACUAUACCAAGCAUGAUGCCUUUCCCUAUGGACUGGUCUCUCCUGAAAACAUGUCCGAAGUAUGUGAGAUGAAGUCUUGCCAUCCUUCUAAGGAGCAUUCUUUGUGUACUUCUUCCAAGACGGAUUUGUUUGUUCUGCUGGCAAUCUGUAGUAUAUUCAAUAUUCUUCACCAACACCAUAAUUCAAAGGCAUCAAUUCUUCUUUAUUGUUCAGCUUUCGCAUGCAUAUGCACUGAUUGAAAACACUAUGGCUUGGAUCAGGUACACUUUAGUCCUCAAGGUGACAUCCUUGCUUUUUAAUACUUUAAAGAGGCCUUUAAUCUUCAUCAAUAAGUGCUUCAAGUCCUCUUCACUUUCUGCAAGCAAGAUUGUGACAUCUGCAUAUUGCAGGUUGUUAAUGGGUCUUUCUCCAACCCUGAUGCCAUGUUCUUCUUCGUAUAGUCCAGCUUCUCUGAUUAUUUACUCAGCAAACAGAUUGAAUAAGUAUGGUGAAAUGAUACUACACCUCACACGCUUUUCCUGAUUUUAAACUACGCAGUAUCCCCUUGUUCUGCUUGAACAACUGCCUCCUUGGUCUGUGUAUAUACACGUUCCACAUGAGCACAAUGAAGUGUUCUGGAAUUCCUAUUCUUAGGAAAUGUUAUCCAUAAUUUGUUAUGAUCCACACAGUCGAAUGUCUUUGCACAGUCAAUAAAACACAGGUAAACAUCUUUCUGGUAUUCUCUGCUUUCAGCCAAGAACCAUCUGACAUCAGCAAUGAUAUCCCUGGUUCCAAGACCUGUUCUGAAUCUGGCUUUAAUCUCUGUCAGCUCCUUGUCGAUGUACUGCUGCAACCGCUUUUGAAUGAUCUUCAGCAAAAUUUUACUUGUGUGUGACAUUAAUGAUAUUGGUCAAUAAUUUCCACAUUUAACAAACAGGGAUUUAUUCUCCCACAGUGUAGGAGGUUAGAAGUCCAAAUUCAGAGUGCUGGCUCUAGGGGAAGGCUUUCUUUCUCUGCUGGCUCUGGGGGCAGGUCCUUGUUCCUUGGCUCCUUGGUGUCUUCAUGUGGCAUGGCAUCUAUCUUCUAUCUCUGCUUGCUAGCUUACCUUUAAUCUCUUUUAUAUCUCAAAAGAGAUUGACUCAAGACAUAUGCCACACUAAACCUGCCACAUUAAGAUAGCAAAGACAAUCUGUUUCCAAAUGGGAUUAUAACCACAGGCACAGGUUAGGAUUUACAACACAUAUUUUUGGAGGACACAAUUCAAUCCAUAACAUUUAUCUUAUUUCUUUUUUCAGUACUUUGCCUUGUAUAGGUAAAGUCUGUUGAAAUAGUUUAUCUGGGGUUUCAGCAAAUAAUUUGACAAUCCCCUGAGUUAUCAUUAUAAAUAAGAUGCAAAAAUGGGGACUAUAAAACAGACAGGCUGGUAGAUUUGUAACUGAACGAACAACUAUGUCCAAAGAACUCUGGUUAAUGGUUGACCAAUGAUUGCCUGGAAUGCAACCAAAGUAAAGUGGUCAAGAUAGAGGUGGGUAUGGAAACUAUGACACACAAGGCAAGUUGGACCAAAUGAGAACAUAAAGUCUGAAGAAGAAGAGUCUCAGGCAAACCAUUUUAAUCUGAAAAUUGUAGGCUGAUUCUGCAUGGCUCAAUGGAAAAAACAAACAAAAAACCUAGGACAAAUUUCUGAUAAUUAGAAUUUGUCUCAAAGCAAACAUUAAAAAAAAAAAAAAAGAAAUAUUGUGGGCAAUAAUAAAUUGUUUUGGGUUUUAGAUUUAUUCAAACUGAGCCUGGAGAACUAUGUAGUGGGUGUGUGGUGUCAGGAAGGAGAUGCAUCCAUUCAGCGAACACGUAUUGAGUGCUUACGCUGCACUCACAGAGAAAUAGAGAGCGAGACUAGAUGACUUCUGAGAGCUCCUGCAGUGCUGAGCAGCUAGGGUUCUACUCUUAAAGAAUGCAAGUGCUAAACCAAAACCAAAUGAGUUGUCACUUUUUUUCCUAUAAAGGUAGCUUAUAUGAUUUACAGAAAAACUAGUGAUUCAGAAGGAGUUUUAUAGAAGCCUGUGAACAUACUCAGUCAAUUUUAUGGCUCAUGACUGGUAAUAUUAAUGGAAGCACUAAUAAAACUUACGACUCGUUGUACUAAAACACCUAAGCAUGGACUCAUAAAUCGUAUUUCAACAGGAUUUGUUAAGGGAGGCUUUUUUUUUUUUCUUUGUGAUUUAACACAGAGUAGAUUUUAUAUUAACUUUCCCACAGGAAACCUGUAAACCUCAGUAUAGUCCGAAGACUGACGUUUAACCAUGCUGUUUCAAAGAUGGGGACAGCGUAGUGCAAUGGUGAAGCGUUUGGCUGCUAACCAAAAUGUCGGCCGCUUGAAUCCACUAGCUGUGCCUCGGAAACCCAGUUCUGCCCUGUCCUGCAGGGCUGCUAUGAGUUGGAGUUGACUCGAUGGCAAUGGGUUCUUUUUUUUUUUGUUUGAAAGAUAAAAAAUUACAAAAGUGGGAAAAAAUGUAACAUCGUAGAUUUAUAUCCACUUGGUGGCAUAAGCCUACAGAAAGCUGUUCAUCAGGUACUCCCAAUUUAAGGUUAAGCAGAUUGAUUUUUUUCCCUUUCAACUCUACCAAGAUUCUAGACCAAAGUUUGAUGAGGAAUUAAAACUCAUACUAGCUUUGGUGGCAACUGUUGUUUUGCCAGCUUCACUACUUUCUCCUGCUUUCUGGUGUUAGAGCCCUUCUGUUCCACUCAGCAACUACUCCUUCCAUUACCUGAUGGAGCUGUCAAUCAUAAGACCCCCCGCCCUCCGCCCGCUGCUACUACCACCAUCAGUGGGGUGUGAUUCAGGCUGGUCAAUCAGAGUCUCUCAUCCUUCCGAACAGUGACUGACCAGGGUGAGCAUCUGACCCGCACAGAUCCAGAAUUCUGUUUCAGGAAUUAUUGGAGAUGCAGGCAGGCAAUAUUUCCUUCUGUUAUACAUAAGGGGGCUGUAAGUCAGAGCAGGCUCGAUAGGAACUAACAACAAGAAGGUUGGGGAAGGAGCUUACCUCCUGUGAUCACAGGCUGUGAAGGCCGUUUGAGGAGAAUCCACCAGGCGCUCCUUGGAAACCAAAUGGGGCAGUUCUACUCUGUCCUAUAAGGUGGCUGUGAGUUGGAAUCGACUGGAUGGCAAAGGGUUUGUUUGUUUGUUUUUGGUGGCCCAAAGGGUUAAGUGAUUCAUUGCUAACUGAGAGGCUGGAAGUUAAAACCCACCAGUGGCUUCUCAGGAAAAAGACUGGUUAUCAGCUUGUGUAAAGAUUACAACCUAGAAAAUUUUAUGGUGCAGUUCUACUUUGUCACUUGGGGUUGCUAUGAGUUGAAACCAUGGCACCCAACAACAACUAUAAAACCUAUUUAAACCUGGUGAUGCUGGAGUCCCAUUCUUCCCACCCCAAGCAGAAAGCAUCCCUGGGAGUAAACCAGUACAGAGGAAAGCAGAGCCAAGGAAUGGAAAGCGAGAGACAGAGUCCUGAUGACACCCUUUGAGUCCCAGGAUCCUGCUGUACUGGAUCCGUCUGAAGCCCUGGACAUUGUAGAUUCAUGGACAACGAAUUCCUCUCUUAAACUGCUUUGAGUUCAAUUCUGUCACUUGUACCCCCAAAAGUCCUAAUUAAUUAGCCAUGCAGAGUUAAUUUUAUGUUGUAAAUAAAAUAGCUUAACCCUACUAUAUUUUCUGAUCAUUAUUGUCAAAAAGCUAGUAAACCAGUAUAAGAAGUCUCUCUCUCUUUUUUUUAAAUAAAUUAUUUAUUUUAUUUUGUGUUGUUGAGAAUAUACACAGAGAAUAUAAAACAUACCAAUUUAAGUUUCUACGUGUACAUUUCAGUGACAUUGAUUACAUUCUAAGAGGUCUUUUUAUUGGCAGUUUAGAAAGAACUGAACAUUUAGUUACUGGUUUCAUUUACUUAUUUUAGAAAAACAACCUAUUCAAACAGACUGCUUAGAAAAGUACAAUGUUGAGCACCAAAGCUGUCCUGGGAUUUGAGCUUCUUUUCUAAGUUAAAAUGAGUUGGUCAUCGCGACAGAUCGCAUUUUUUGAAAAUGGUUGCACCAAUAUAUUUAUCCUAUCACAUAUACUCUUUAUGUACUCUAACACUCCUACCAAGAGACGGAAUCUAGAUUCUCUUUCCUUGAAUCUGGACGGGGGCUGUGACAGCCCGAAUCAGUGGGGUGUGGUGGGAGUGAUGCUAUGUGACUUCUGAGGUCAGGUUAUAAAUAGGACACAGGUUCAGCCUGGCUUUCUCCGGAUACUUGUCCUUGGAACCAGCUACAACAUGGUGUGUAAAUUCCAACUAGCCCACAUGGAAAGAAGUGACCACAUGGAGAGGUUCCUGUGUAGAGGAACUGAGGGCCCCCUCUGACAGCCAGCAUCAACCUCCAGACACGUGAGUGAACAAGCCUUCAGUUGGUUUCAUCUUGAGCCUUUGUGUCUUCCAGCUGAGGCCCCAGCGACAAGCCAUUCCCUCUGUACCUUGCCUGAAUUUCUAUGAUGGUUACUUUUAUGUGUCAAUUUGGCAGAGCAACAGUGCCCAGUUGAUAAAUUAAACACUAAUUAGGUGUUGCUGUGAAGCAGGUGUGGACCAUCCAAUAGGCAAGGAAACCCAGUGCUUACCUUGCUUACCAGAUCAUCUGUAGUGAACAAUUUCAUAUUUUUUUUAACCAUAUCAAAGAUUCUGCUUCCAGAUAUGGCGGGUGUCUGUCUCUCUCCCAACCCCACAGUACCUUCCUACAGAAUCAAAGCCUCUUUUCAAACUUACAAUCCCUAACAGGGGCUGAUGACCCAGUAAGCAAGGUAAGCAUGGGCUUACUUGUGCUUACUGACAUGUACUGAACAAUUUUUUUUUUAUUGUACAUUAGAUGAAGGUUUACAGAACAAACUAGAUUCUCAUUAAAUAGUAUACAUAUGGUUUUAUGACAUUGGUUAAUAACCCCACAACAUGUCAACACUCUCCCUUCUCGACCUUGGGUUUCCUAUUACCAGCUUUCCUGUCUUCUCCUGCAUUCUAGUCCUUGCCCCUGGGCUGGUGUGUCCCUUUAGUCUCGUUUUGUUUCAUGGGCCUCUCUAAUCUUUAGAUGGAGGGUGAAUGUCAGGAGUAACUUUAUUACUAAGCUAAAUUGGUGUCCAGGGACCACACUCUCAGGGUUUCUCCAGUCUCUGUCAGGCCAGUAAGUUUGGUCUUUUUUUGUGAGUUAGAAUUUUUUUCUACAUUUUUCUCCAGCUCUGUCCAGGACCCUCUAUUGUGAUCCCUGUCAGAGCAGUCAGUGGUGGUAGCUGGGUACCAUCUAGUUGUACUGGACUCAGUCUGGUUGAAGCUGUGGUAGAUGUGGUCCAUUAGUCCUUUGGACUAAUCUCUCCCUUAUGUCUUUAGUUUUCUUCAUUCUCUCUUGCUCUCUAAGAGGUGAGACCAGUGGAAUAUCUUGGAUAGCCACUCACAGGCUUUUAAGACCCCAGAUGCUACACACCAAAGUAGAAUGUAGAACAUUUUCUUUAUAAGCUGUGUUAUGCCAGUUGAGCUAGAUGUUCCCCAAGACCAUCCCUACAACCCUCAGCCUGGCAAUUCGGUCCCUCAGGGAGUUUGGAUGUGUCUGUGGAGCUUCCAUAACCUUGCCUUGUACAAGUUGUGCUGGCUUCCCCAGUAUUGUGCACUGUCUUAUCCUUCACGAAAGUUACCACUUGUCUAUUUAGUGUUUUUCCAUCCCUACCCCUCCCCUCCCUUGUAACCACCAAAGGUUGUUUCUGUUUGUGUGUAAACCUUUCAUGGAUUUUUAUAGUACUGGUCUCAUACAAUAUUUGUCCUUUGUGAUUGAUUGAUUUCACUCAGCAUGAUGCCCUCCAGAUUCAUCCAUGUUGUGAGAUGCUUCGCAGAUUCAUCAUUUUUCUUUAUCGUUGCAUUGCACUCCAUUACGUGUAUGCACCAUAGUUUGUUUAUCCAUCCAUCUGUUGAUGGGCAUCUAGGUUGUUUCCAUCAUUUUGUUAUUGUGAACAAUGCUGCAACAAACAUGGGUGUGUAUAUGUCUAUUCAUGUGACGACUCUUAUUUCUCGAGAAUAUAUUCCUAGGAGUAGGAUUGCAGGAUCUUAAGGUAUUUAUAUUUCUAGCUUUCUAAGGAAGCAACCAUAUCGUUUUUCAAAAUGGCUGUAUCAUUUUGCAUUCCCACCAGCAGUGCAUAAGAGAUCCAAUCUUCCCACAGCCUCUCCAACAUUUGUUAUUUUCUGUUUUUUUGAUUCAUGCCAGUAAUGCUGGGGUGAGAUGGUAUCUCAUUGUGGUUUUGAUUUGCAUUUCUCUAAUGGCUAGUGAUGGAGCAUUUCCUCAUGUGUCUGUUGGCUGCUUGAAUGUCUUCUUUGGUCAAGUGUCUGUUCAUUUCCUUUGCCCAUUUUUUAAUUGUAUUAUUUGUUUUUUUGUUGUGGAGGUGUUGGAUUUUCUUGUAGAUUUUAGAGAUUAGACCUUUGUCUGAUUUGUAAUAGUCAAAAUUUUUUUUCCCAGUCUGUAAUUUCUCUUUUUACUCUUUUGGUGAAGUCUUUUGAUGAGCAUGUUGUUGUUGUUGUUAGGUGCCAUCGAGUGGUUCUGACUCAUGGUGACCCUAUGCACAACGGAACAAAACAUUGCCCGGUCCUGCCCCAUCCUCACAAUCGUUGCUAUGCUUGAGCCCAUUGUUGCAGCCACUGUGUCAAUCCAUCUCAUUGAGGGUCUUCCUCUUUUUUGCUGACCCUCUACUUUACCAAGCAUGAUGUCCUUCUCCAGGGAUGGAUCCCUCCUGACAAUAUGUCCAAAGUAUGUGAGAUGUAAUCUCACCAUUCUUGUACCUAAGGAGCACUCUCGUUGCACUACUUGUAAGACAGAUUUGUUUGUUCUUUUGGCAAUCCAUGGUAUAGCCAAUAUUCUUCGCCAACACCACAAUUCAAAGGCGUCAAUUCUUCUUUGGUCUUCCUUAUUCACUGCCCAGCUUUCGCAUGUACAUGAGGCGAUUGAAAACACCACGGUUUGGGUCAGGGGCACCUUAGUCCUCAAGGUGACAUCUGUUUUUUUAACACUUUAAAGAGAGAUCUUGCUGCCGAUUUGCCCAAUGCAAUAUGCCAAUGAUGAGUGUGUUUAAUUUUUAGAAGAUCCUGGUUAUCUAGCUUAUCUUCUGGAGUUUGUGUGUUGUUAGUUAUGAUUUAUAUCCUGUUAAUGCAAUGCUGUUUAUUAGGGCCUUUAGUGUUGAUCCUAUUUUUUUCUUCUGUGAUCUUUAUAGUUUUUGGCUUUAUAUAUAAAUCUUUGAUCCAUUUUGAAUUAGUUUUUUUGUAUGGUGUGAGGUAUGGGUCCUGUUCAUUUUUUUGCAGAUGGACAUCCAGUUUUGCCAGCACCAUUUGUUAAAAAGCCUGUCUUUUCCCCAUUUGAUAGACUUUGGGCCCUUACUGAAGAUCAGGUGACUGUAGGUGGAUGAAUUUACAUCUGGGUUUUCAAUUCUGUUCCAUCGGUCAAUGUGUCUGUCAUUGUACCAGUACCAGGCUGUUUUGACUACCGUACCUGUAUAGUAUGUUCUGAGGUUAGGUAGUGUGAGUCCUCCUACUUUAUUCUUCUUCAAUAGUGCUUUACUUAUCCAGGGCUUCUUCCGUUUCCACAUAAAGUUAAAGAUUAGUUUUUCCAUGUCUUUAAAGAAUGCUGUUGGUAUUUGGAUCAGGAUUGCACUGUAUUUGUAAAUUGCUUUGGGUAGAAUUGUCAUUUUCACAAUGUUGAGUCUACCUAUCCAUGAGCAUGGUAUAUUUUUCCAUUUAUGUAGAUCUCUUUUGGUUUCUUGCAGUAGUGUUUCAUAGUUCUCUUUGUAUAGGUCUUUUGUACCCCUGGUUAGAUUUUUUCCUAAGUAUUUUAUUUUUUUAGGAGCUAUUGUAAAUGGUUUGUUUUCCUGACUUCCUUUUCAUCUUUCUCUAUUGGCCUAUAGGAAUCCAACUGGUUUUUCUAUGUUUAUCUUGUAUCCCGCUACUCUGCUGAAUCUUUCUAUUAGUUCCAGUAGUGUUCUUGUGGAGUCUUUUGGGUUUUUUGUGUGUACUACCAUAUCCUCUGCAAAUAGGGACAGUUUUACUUCUUCCUUACCAAUUUGGAUGCCCUUUAUUUCUCUUUCUUGCCUUAUUGCUCUACCUAGGACUUCCAGUAUAAUGUUACAUAGGAGUGGUGAUAAAGGGCAUCCUUGUCUUGUUCUUGUUCUCAAGGGGAAUAUUUUCAGGUUCUUUCCAUUAAGAAUGAUGUUGGCUCUUAGUUUUGUAUAAAAAAAAAAAAUUGUAUAGAUGCCCUUUAUUAUGUUGAGGAAUUUCCCUUCUAUACCUAUUUUAUUGAGAGUUUUUUAUCAGGAAUGUGUGUUGGAUUUUGUCAAAUGCCUUUUCUUCAUCAAUUGAGAUGAUCAUGUGAUUCUUUUAUUUAUGUGAUGGAUUACGUUGACUGAUUUUCUAAUGUUGAAGCAUCCUUGCAUACCUGGUAUGAAUCCUACUUGGUUGUGGUGUAUUAUAUUUUUGACAUGAUGCUGAAUUCUAUUGGCUGGAAUUUUGUUGAGAAUUUUUGUAUUUAUAUUCAUGAGAGAUAUUCAUCUGUAAUUUUUUUCUUCUUGUGGUAUCUUUGUCUGGUUUUGGUAUCAGGGUUAUGCUGGCUUCAUAGAGUGAAUUCGGAGGUAUCACUUCCUUUUCUAUGUACUGGUGUAAGUUUUUCUCUGAAUGUUUGGUAGAAUUCUCCAGUGAAGCCAACUGGGCUGGAGCUUUUUUUUUUUUUAAUUACCUUUUCAAUCUCUUUUCUUGUUAUGGAUCUGCUCAGAUUUUCAACAUCAGCUUGUGUUAAUUUGGGUAGGUAGUGUGUUUCUAGAAAUUUGUCCAUUUCCUCUAGUUUUUCAAAUUUGUUGGAGUAAAGUUUUUCAUAACACUCUGUUAUGAUCCUUUUUAUUUAAUUUGUGUCUGUUGUAAUGUCCCCCAAUUCAUUUCUUAUUUGGGUUAUUUGUGUCCUCUCCUGUUUUUCUUUUGUUGAUUUGGCCCAGUGGUUUGUCAAUUUUGUUGAUCCUUUCAAAGAACCAACUUUUGGUUUUGUUGAUUCUUUCUGCUGUUUUUCUAGUCUCUAUUUCAUUUACUUCUGCUCUGAUCCUUAUUAUUUCCUUUCUUCUGGUGGCUGUUAGCUUCUUUUGCUCUUCUCUUUCUAUUUGUUCAAGUUAUGUAGCUAAAUGUUUUGAUUUUGUCCCUUUCUUUUUUUUUGAUGUGUGCAUGUGCUGCUAUAAAUUGACCUCCUAGCACUGUCAUUGCUGUGUUCCAAAGGUUUUGGUAUGACGUAUUUUCAUUCUUGGAAUUUUUUUAUUCCAUCUCUUAUUUUUUCUUUUACCCAGUGUUUUUUAAGCAGGAUGCUAUUCGGUUUCCAUGUAAUUGAUUUUUUUUCUUACUCUUCCUGUUGUUAAUUUCCACUUUGAUGAUGUUGUGUAUUAUCUCAAUGUUUUGGAUUUUGUUGAGGGUGGCUUUGUGGUCUAGGAUGUGGUCUAUUCUGGAGAACAUUCCAAGUGUGUUGGAAAAGAAUGUGUACUUUGUAGCCGUUGGGUGGAGU